AUGUGUGUACCAAAAAAGUGAGUUGGCAAAGCAUUAGAAUAGAACAAAAAUACAAUACUGUAGAAGCGUGAAUUUUCUGCAAACACUGCACAUUUGAAUUCACGACAUUUCGUUCACUUUCAGAUCUUUCGAACGAAAAAUACACACAAAAAACUGUGCGGCGACAAAAAACACGUGCCGCAUAUCGGCGAAUCCCACACCGCCUACUUUUUUCUUUUUUUUUUCGGAAAAAAAGGGGGAAAUCCGUAACUAAAGGUUUAUAGUGUAUUUUCUUCUUUUUUAGCGCUAUAGCUGUGAUAUACGUUCAAUUUUCAGGAACAAACGUGACAAUAACGAUUUGCGGAAAACUGAAAAAGAAGUAGCUGCAAGCGGAUCAGAUGGAAAAGCAAAAGAUAGAGCAUCGUCAAAAAAAUCGAAAAAAGGAGCAUCGUCGAAAAAAGAAACUGGAAAUGCAUCGCAAAAAGGGGAUAGUAUGAAAGUAUCGAAACAAAUGGGUGGAAAAGGAAAAGCGAGUGUUGAAAAAUGGGUUCAAAGAACAUUGGAUAUGGGAGUUCAGAAGUUGGUUGAAGAAUUCCGUGGAUUGGCAAAAUGGACACCUGAAGGAAUGACCGUUGAAGCUUUUCAAGCAAAUAAGGAUAAAAAUAGAUAUCAAGAUGUUCCAUGUCAAGAUAAAGGAAGAGUUGUUCUCAAAUUUGCUGGUGUUCCAACUGAUUACAUUCAUGCCAAUUAUCUUGGAACUGCAAGUAAUGCACAGCGUUUUAUUUGCGCGCAAGGUCCUCUUGAAAAUACUCAAUUCGCAUUUUGGGCAAUGACAAUUCAAGAAAAAGUUGAAUGCAUUAUUAUGCUUUGCAAUUGUAUUGAAAUGACCAAAAUCAAAUGUCAUCAAUAUUGGCCACCGGUGCAAAAUGAGAAAAUGACAUUUGGUGAGGCACCAAAUGUUAUAACUGUGACAAAUAUGGGAAUGAGAAAAAUGUCGGCGGAGGAUCCGUGUAUUAAUGUGACAACUCUGAAAUUGGAAUGGGCUGAUGGUGGAAAUAAGACAAUUCAACAUUAUCAAUGGGAAAAUUGGCCGGAUCGUGGUGUUCCAAUGACUAAAUUGACUGCAACGGUACAUUUUUCUUUGUGAAAAUUUUGAGAGCACAAAAACUCGCGUGACAUUCGGUUAUGAAUCUGAAAAUAAUUUAUUUUGUCACGGGAAUUUUUGUUAAUUAAAAAAUACUGUCUCUAAAAAAAUCACAGCAUAACUGUUUUUCAGAAUUUGCUCUCCGCUGUUCGUGGUUCAAAAUUCCCAAUUCUCGUCCAUUGUUCGGCUGGAAUUGGUCGUACUGGAACAAUUGUCGCGUUGGCAUAUGUUCAAGAAAAAAUGCAGGCUGGCGAAGAUUGUAUGGCGAUGAAUGAGUUGUUGAAAGAGUUGCGUACUCAUAGACCAUGGUCAAUUCAAAAUGAAUUUGUGAGUUUCCAUUUUUCUAUUCCAAAAUAAAAUACAAUUUUUUCAGCAAUAUUUGUAUUUGCACCGUGUUUUACUCGCUUAUUUCUUGGAAAAGUAUAAGGAUUUAUUUGCGAGUUGUUUGGAAGGUGAAAAUGGUGCGAAAUUCCAAAAAUGGUGCGAAGAUUAUAAAGCGGUAACUGGGGGAGAUUAA